AUGAGAUUCAACGUCGCUGCUGCUGCCGCUGGUGCGGCGUUCCUGGUGGGUGGCGUCAACGCCGAGGACCAGAAGGUUAUCAAGGACGAAUCGGCCUCGUCCUCGUCCACCUCAGUUGCCGAAACGGCCACCAAGUCUACUCCCGAGCUCCCGACCUUCACUCCCACUACCCUGAAGGCUCCUUUUAUCGAGCAGUUCACCGAGGGCUGGGAGCAAAGGUGGAAGCCCUCUCACGCCAAGAAGGACACAAAGGGUUCUGAUGAGGAGUGGCGGUACGUUGGUGAGUGGGCUGUUGAGGAGCCCAUCGUCUACAAGGGCAUGGAGGGCGACAAGGGCCUGGUGGUCAAGAACGUCGCUGCUCACCACGCCAUCUCGGCCAAGUUCCCUAAGAAGAUUGACCCCAAGGGCAAGACCCUGGUUGUACAGUAUGAGGUCAAGCUGCAGAACAGUCUUGAGUGCGGUGGCGCUUACCUGAAGCUUCUGCGCGACACCAAGAAGUUGCACCAGGAGGAGUUCUCCAACACCACGCCUUACGUCAUCAUGUUCGGUCCUGACAAGUGCGGCCAUAACAACAAGGUGCACUUCAUCUUCAACCACAAGAACCCCAAGACCGGCGAGUACGAGGAGAAGCACCUUACAGCUCCUCCCACGGCCAAGAUUGUCAAGACGACUGAGCUGUACACGCUCGUCGUCCACCCCAACAACACUUUCCUCAUUCAGCAGAACGGCGAGACGGUCAAGGAGGGUAGCCUCCUGGAGGACUUCAACCCUCCGGUCAACCCGCCCAAAGAGAUUGACGACCCUAACGACAAGAAGCCUGACGACUGGGUCGACGAAGCCCGUAUUCCUGAUCCCAACGCCAAGAAGCCGGAUGAUUGGGAUGAGGAUGCGCCGUACGAGAUUGUCGAUGAGGACGCCGUCAAGCCUGAUGACUGGCUCGAGGACGAGCCGCUGACCAUCCCGGAUCCGGAGGCUAAGAAACCUGAUGACUGGGAUGAUGAGGAGGAUGGCGACUGGAUCCCGCCGACCGUUCCCAACCCCAAGUGCGCUGAGGUGUCUGGUUGUGGCCCGUGGACCAAGCCAAUGAAGAAGAACCCGGCCUACAAGGGCAAGUGGACGCCGCCAUACAUCGACAACCCGGCCUAUAAGGGUCCUUGGGCUCCUCGCAAGAUCCCCAACCCCGACUACUUCGAGGACAAGCACCCGGCCAACUUUGAGCCAAUGGGCGCUAUUGGCUUUGAGCUCUGGACCAUGCAAAACAACAUCCUCUUUGACAACAUCUACGUUGGCCACUCAAUUGAGGAUGCCCGCAAGUUCGCCGAGGAGACCUUCUUCAAGAAGCACCCGGUUGAGAAGGCGCUUGAGGAGGCCGACAAGCCCAAGAUUGACGACACACCGGCUUCCCCCGACGACCUCAAGUUCCUGGACAACCCGAAGAAGUACAUCACCGAAAAGGUCGAUCUCUUCCUCACCAUCGCCAAGCGCAACCCGAUUGAGGCCGUCAAGUUUGUCCCUGAAGUGGCUGUCGGCCUUGGUGCUCUCCUGAUCUCGAUCAUCGCUAUCAUCGCUGGUCUUGUUGGUGCGGGCUCCAAGCCGGCGGCUCCGGCCAAGAAGGUUGAGGGCAAGGAGACGGCCAAGGAGGAGGACAAGGACGGCAAGGCGACGACGACGGGCGCCGAGACCACCAAGUCGGAGGUGACCAAGCGUGCGGGCAAGAGCCAGUCGUAA